AUGACGACCGUCUUAACCCCACCUUCGCAUCUCUAUCUCCCAUCAGAUGACCCCUGCGGGACGAGCGAGUCGGCGUGUCGAGAUCGACAGGGAUUCGAAGCGAUCACGGCCCUCCAUCGACAGCUGGACGACGACGACGACGGCGACGUGGACAUCGCCGAGAGCGACGAGUUUUUGAGGGAGGAGCUCCAGUAUCGUGGUGGUUCAUAUGAAAGGCGGCAACAAGCCUUCCAUCAAAAUGACAAGUACAUUUCAGUUUUGGAUCUCUGGGAGUCUUGGAUGCACUCAGAGGUCCGGAAUUGGACAGUGGAGCAGACAGUGGAAUGGCUCCGCUCAUUUGUCGAUCUUCCAAUGUAUUCACAGCAUUUCAUAGAAAAUGCCAUUGAUGGCAUGUCUCUCCCCAUCUUGGCAACAAAUGCAAGAUUCCUUUCUGAUGUGAUGCGGAUCAAGGAUCCCAUUCAUCGCCAGAAGAUUGCUCUUAAGGCAAUGGAUGUUGUCCUGUUUGGUGCCCCCAAAGAUCAGCAGCAUUUCUGGAAGGAGACAAUCUUGAGUGUGCUGCUAAUUUUGGCCUUGGGUGGCUACUAUUAUGCACACCGUGAGAAUGUGAGGGCAAAGACUCAUCUGAGGAAAGUGUUGAAGGACCUGGAAUCCUUGAGUCAUGCUGAGGAGACUCUCAAGGCAAUGCAUGCGCAGCUGAUCCAGGUACCUGAGAUCCAGGACAAUGACGAGUCUCAAGAGGAGCAACGGAAAGCCCUUGAGAAGCAGAUCCGCAAGGAGAUUAAGGCCAAGCUCUCUCUUGAGGGUGAAGGUGAGGAGUCCACGCUUGAGGAACAGGUUAUGCGCCUCCAAAUGGAGCUCUCUGUGGUGCGCCGUGAACUUGAGCGAGCUGAAACUGAACUCCAAGAUCGGUGUUGGUUUGCUCCUCCUCAACUUCAACACUGGCUUCAGCUCACAUAUGAAAUUGAGCUCAAAUAUUUCAAUGCCAAGAAGUGUGCUGCUGAGCGGCAGUUGACUGCUGCCAAGGAUGCUUGUGAGAAGUUGAAAAAGAAGAGGACAAACCUGGUUGGUGCCUUUGUAUCCACUCAUGGGAGGUCUCUGGAUGAUGUGGACCACACCAUUAUGCAAGCCAGGACGGCACUGGUGGAGGUGACGUAUGACUUGCAAGAGCGAACGAAUCGCUGGAAACAGGUUGAAAUGCUCUGUGGGUGCCCUAUCAUGAAUAACCCUGGGUUGCCUUAUCUUGAAGCCUUGCUCAGGGGUUUUGGUUCAGCCCACUUAUAUCAAGAUGGUGUGACCAAGGCAAAUGGAAGCCAGGACGAGGAUGAUGACAAUGUCUCUGUGUAUGCACCCUCUGCUGUGGGAACUGGGACAGGGAUUGGGAGCAAUGGUCUGACCCGCAAGACCUACCCAACACGUCAUCGCACCAAGAUGCUUCCAUCUCGUGACAGUGGGUCCUCUCUGAACUCUGAAGCAAGUUGUUCAAUGGGUCAAUACUCACUCCCACACAGCCAAACCAUGCCUUCAUUACCAUAUGCCCAAGGGGUUACCCAGACACAUUCCAAAUCCUCAGCAGCUCUGAAUAGGCUGAAGGACAAAGGUAGAGAGCUGUCACGAGAAUCAACUGCCAGUGAGGGACAAGUGUCACUUGCCUCUAAUGCCAAAGAUUACUCUUGCAACAAUGAUGAAAUUAAACCAAACUGCCCAUCAAAGGGAGCAGAUGGUUGUGAGCCACAGAUUCAGAAGAAGAGGACCACACAAAUGGUGAAGUCUUUCAGCCAGGAUGUUGAACCAACCACACAUAAUUCUCAGCAUGGAAAAUCCACUGAGAAUGAUGUGGCUAUGAAGGCAAAUUCUGAUUCUGCCUUGAAUCAUGCAAGUACUGAUUCAAAUCUGGACAGAGUAGAAGAGGAUGGUGGUAGCGACUCAACAUCUAUCAGCGAGGAUUCAGUGAAGAAGAGUGGAAAGAGCAGCAAGCGUGGGUUCUUGUUUCUGAGCAAGAAGAACAAAGUAAAAACAUGAGUGCUUGAUCCAGCCACAAGUUUUUACCAGUGCCAUCCCUGUUCCAAGUUGAGACAGAGGUCGGUUCUUUGAUAUGUGAUACACUGAAUGAGGGAAGCCAAUGGAGAAAGCAAAGAAAGAAAAAAAAAUUCAAUGAAAGACAUUCCUCCCUCUCUGUCUCCUUUGAAAAAGGUUCAAGCCUCCCCUGCUCCUUUCUCAAAGUUUUGAAUUCUUGUGUCCGUCCUUCUACUGCCUAUUUCACCUUAUGAGUUUUUUCUCCUGGAUGAUAUGAAGACUUAGGGCUUUUUUUUUUCAUCCCAUGAGCUUCUUCCCCUUACAGAGCAGAGAUAAUUUAUUGACCAUACCAGU